AAGGAGAAGCCGAAGACGCCAUUGUCCUCAUUGUCGGCUGGAGUCUGCGAAGGAGGAGGUCCUGUGUGAUUGGCGUUUGUGUGCGGCCUGCGGGCGCGGCCCAGACCAACGAGGCGCAGAGCGGUUUGAGCUUCCUCAGGCGCCGCCAUGGCACCGUAGGGGCGGCAGCGCAAGCGGCAGAACGGCCAUUGCAGAGGCGCAGCAGAAGCGGCCGCGGCCUCGGCACCUCAAGGCACCUGCAGCCAUGGCGUUUUUCAAAGCAUUGCACAGCAGCUUUGCUGUUUUCGACAAAGACACCACCGAUUUGUCCACCCUUUUUGACGACAAAGUACUGAAACUUGGCCAAGAUGAGCUUCUCAAACACAGAGAUGUUGUGGGGGGAUUUUCUCUCCCCCUUCAACCAGCCGUGUUUGGGGGCUGAAGAAAGUCUAGGACUCUUAGAUGACUACCUGGAGGUGGCCAAGAAGCUCAGUUCGCAUGGGUUCUCCAGCGAAAAGGCUAAAGUGGGCGCCUCCCAUUGGCUGGCUGUGGACAGUUUGAAUAAUGCCACAGACAACAGCCAGGAGGAUGCCUUCUCUGGCAUGGAUUGGAUGGUGGAAAACAUGGAUCUGAAGGAGUUUGAUUUUGAUGUGCUGUUAGGUCUUGAUGAUCAGGAAUCCACCGUCUCACCAGAUGAGCUCAUGGCCGCGUUGGAAGACACGUGUGAUCUACUUGAGCCUCCCUUUCAAGAAAUUCCCAUUGAAGAAACUCCACUGACACCAGAGCAAAUUAUUGAGGCCCCAAAGCCCCCCGCCAGCUCAGACCAGGAAGCUUCACCAAGCCCCUUGCUGACAUUAGCCCUUUCUCCAGAGUCACAUGUUGCCACUGCAGACAGCAGCCCUUUCACCUUAGAACUAGGCAGUGAGAUAGAUGUUCUUGAAGGAGACAGGAAAACGGAAGCCCAUAUCUUAGUGGUAAUUCCACUAAAUGUCAUUCCAAAGUGUGAGAAGGAGGAUGAAGCACAUUCUGAUAAUGAUAGUGGAAUAUGCAUGAGCCCAGAAUCUUACUUGUGUUCACCCCAGCAAAGUCCUACCACUUCCGUUAGUUCUGUCAGUGAUGACAAGUCUGUUACGGCUGUGCAUAUUGUUUCUGUGCGCCCCACACCUUAUGAUCACCCUGCAGAAAAGGUAGCAUUGAAAAUGAAGGGAGAAAAGAGGGUAGACAAAAAGCUGAAGAAGAUGGAGCAAAAUAAGACUGCAGCUACUAGGUAUCGGCAGAAGAAAAGGCUAGAGCAAAAGGCAUUAUCAGGAGAGUGCAGAGAACUAGAGCAGAAAAACGAAAGCCUGAGGGAGAAGGCAGAUUCCCUAAGCAAAGAAAUCCAGUAUUUGAAAGAUCUGAUUGAAGAGGUCCGCAAAGCCAAGAAUAAAAAGGUUAAAGUUCCAGAAUAAGGUAGUCAAAUAGAUGUUACAUGCAUGUAUAUAAAAGCUUUGUGUAAACAGCGGUGUUGUUGCUUAAUAAAUUAUUUUCUAGUAUAUAA